UAGCAUCCACUCAGAAACCAUGGUGGUUCAGACAAACAUGGCCCCUCCAAAGAAGCUGCAGCCAGGUGUGAUACAGUCCUCCCUGGUUCAGGCCAGUCUAGCUGCCAUGCAGAACCCAAUGGGCUGUGAGGUAAAGGCAAAUGAACACUGCCCCCUGCCACGGCUCUCCAUCUCCUCACGCUCAGCGAGCAUAGUGGCCAGCAUGGACGCUGUAGCCGAUGGCUCGGCCAUACACUAUGUGAUGAAGUGUAAGACGGUGCUGGCUGUGUUUGUGGCGGUAGUGCUCUACCUGGUGGUGGGUGGUUUAGUUUUUCAGGCACUAGAGCAGCCCUUCGAGAGUGACCAGAAAAACACCAUCACACAGAAGAAAGCUCUGUUCCUCCAAGGGAACCCAUGUGUAUCCCCUGCAGAGCUGGAAGAUUUAAUAAAGCAUUCAAUAGAUGCUGUCAGUGCUGGGGUUAGUCCAAUCGGAGACAUGUCCUAUAACUCAAGCCACUGGGACCUUGGUAGUGCCUUUUUCUUUGCUGGGACUGUCAUCACCACCAUAGGCUAUGGGAACAUUGCUCCCAGCACUGAAGGUGGCAAGAUUUUUUGCAUCCUGUAUGCCAUAUUUGGUAUUCCUCUCUUUGGAUUCCUACUGGCUGGCAUUGGUGAUCAACUAGGGACCAUGUUUGUUAAGAGCAUUUUAAAGGUGGAGGGAAUUUUCAGGCAGAGGCAUAGGCAGAUCAGUCAGACCAAAAUCCGUGUGACCUCCACAAUUCUAUUCAUCCUGGCCGGAUGCAUCGUCUUUGUCACCAUACCAGCUGUCAUCUUCCAACACAUUGAAGGCUGGACUACACUAGAGUCUAUCUACUUUGUUGUCAUUACUCUCACAACUGUUGGUAUUGGGGAUUAUGUAGCAGGUGGGGACAGAAAGAUUGAAUACAAAAAGUGGUAUAAGCCACUAGUUUGGUUCUGGAUCUUAGUGGGUUUGGCAUAUUUUGCAGCAGUCCUCAGCAUGAUAGGAGACUGGUUAAGAGUCUUGUCCAAGAAGACUAAAGAGGAGGUCGGUGAGUUUAAGGCCCAUGCAGCUGAAUGGAAGGCGAACGUGCGUGCUGAGCUGCGGGAAACUCGGCGACGCCUCAGUGUAGAGCUCCAUGACAAGCUGCAACGUGCUGCCACCAUUCGAAGUAUGGAACGUCGACGCCUGGGUCUGGAGCAGCGUGCACAAUCUCUUGACAUGCUCUCUCCAGAGAAAAGAGCCAUCUUCUCCAGCUUUGACAGAGGUCGAUUCACCACAUCCUCACAGGAGAGCAUUGAUACAAAGCUAAGCAAUCUCCGAAUGAAGGCAGAGAACUAUAAUAAACACACAGCCUCAGAGGAAAACAUCUUUAAUCGCUUUGGCUCUCUCAGUAAGUUGGCCAAGCGCAACAGAAACAAAGACAUGCCACCAAAUAUAGCAGAGAAUACAACAAGACUUAGCAGUAACAGCAGCAACAACACACUGGCUGAAGAGAGACAGGAGGCUCAUGAAGAGGAGGAACAGGAGGAGGAGGUGACACAGAAAGAGAACAACACCAUGUUCACAAAUCUGCCACAAUACAUUGAGCAGAAUGAACAGCUGAAUGGUUUUGUCCCUGCUCAGGCCAAAGAGAGAGAGAGAGAGAGAAUUCUGGUGGAGAGAGAGCAUCAGCCAUAGACAAGCCAAUGAAAAUGGGCGGCAAGCGAUUCAUGAAUGCCAGAGAAUGUGCCUUUCUGUUUUGUAUGCUAUGGCUCAACUCAUUUAGAUGACUCUUGAUCAGUGUCUCUUAUUCUCAUAUCACAUCUUG